UUUCCCAGUGUCACCUCCGAGCGCGUUUGAGGUUAUGUAAUUUGAAAUAAACCACUCGUGCGAUCAGCUGCUUUCUUUGUACACAAGAUAAAUAUAAUUAGUUAAAAAUCAAAUGGGUAAAAAAGACAAAAGAGGAGGAGGCAAUUUAGGAAAAGCCUUAAUCAGAGCUCGAUUCGGAUCCAGGAGACCUAAGAAAAAUGACUCUAUGCUUCAUACCUCAGAGAUCAAUGAUGGUUACGAUUGGGGUCGACUCAAUCUGCAAUCGGUUACAGAGGAGAGCUCGUUUCAAGCUUUCCUGUCGACCGCCGAGCUCGCGGGCACCGAAUUCAUCGCCGAGAAAUUGAAUGUUACAUUCGUGAAUCCUAACAACCAUGGCUUGCUAUCGAAGGAUGUGAUGAAGACGGUGCAAGAGAAACAGGAGGAGAAUAAAGAUUCCAUCAAGAUUCCAAGAAGGCCAAAAUGGGACAAUUCUAUAAGCGCUCACGAGCUGCAGACACGCGAGAAGGAGGCGUUUCUGGAGUGGCGACGUCACCUGGCCGCCUUGCAAGAAGUGGAGAACCUGAUGUUGACACCUUACGAGAAGAACUUGGAGUUCUGGCGACAAUUGUGGCGAGUGGUGGAGCGCAGCGACGUGAUUGUACAAAUUGUAGAUGCACGCAAUCCGCUUCUCUUCCGUUGUGAAGACCUAGAGCGUUACGUUAAAGAAAUGAAUCCUAAUAAACUGAACAUGAUUCUUCUUAAUAAGGCAGAUUUCUUAACGGAGGAGCAGAGACAAGCCUGGGCGAAGUAUUUUACAGAUAUAAACGUACGGGUAGCCUUCUUUUCCGCUACAUUGGCUGCGGAGAGACAGACGAUUCCAGAAGAGGAUGAGGAUGAAGCGAGAUCGAUGAACAAAGAUGAACGUGAUCACUCUAAUGACGAGGACAAGAACAGCGGAGACGAGUGGUGCUCGGAAUUCGCGUCGGAAUCGGAAUAUGAAAGUGCAGAGGAUAACGUCGUCGAUACCUGCGUUGUUUCUGAUGAAACAGAGGCUGAUAAGAACGAGGAACAAGUGGAAGCACAACAAUGCGAGUUGGAGAAUUUAAAUAUCUCCGCUACAGACACGGAAACGAAGAGAAUAAUCAAUUCGCCGAAAUUAUUAAAUAGGACCGAUCUCGUGGAGCUAUUCAAAACGAUUUAUACUAGUGAUACAACGUAUACAAACGGAGUGACGACUAUCGGCUUGGUGGGCUAUCCCAACGUAGGCAAGAGUUCUACCAUCAAUGCUCUGAUCAUGAGUAAGAAAGUCUCUGUGUCGGCCACCCCGGGAAAGACUAAGCAUUUUCAGACUUUAUAUCUGGAGAAGGAUCUCAUGUUGUGCGACUGUCCGGGUUUGGUGAUGCCGAGUUUCAUUUCCACAAAAGCAGAGAUGAUCCUGAACGGUAUAUUACCAAUAGAUCAGAUGCGGGACCACGUGCCAGCGACUACGUUGCUGGCCACGUUGAUACCCAGACAUGUUCUAGAGGACCUGUACGGCUUCAUGUUGCCUGUUCCAACAGAGGGACAGGAUCCGGAUCGCCCACCGACCUCGGAGGAGCUUUUAAACGCGCACGCCUACAACCGAGGUUUCAUGACACAGAAUGGUCAACCGGAUAAUCCGCGUUCGGCCAGAUACGUUUUGAAGGAUUUCGUGAACGGCAAAUUGUUGUACUGCAACGCACCGCCAACAAUCAAACAGGAACAUUUCCACGUAUUUCCGCCACGACGCCGGAAUUUGUCCGCCAACAGACAUAUACCACCUCGAACAGCUCGCAUAAAUAAAGGAUAUGAAAUAACAGCUGAGGAGUUGGAUCGGAACUUUUUCGGGACGCACCAGGACGCACACAUGAGGGGACGCCAUGGACACAUACUACAAUACACUAAAACGCACGCAGGAUCAACGAUUAGUUUAACAGAAUCGAGCGACGAUCAGUCAGACAAUGUGAAGAAACCAUGGAAGAUGAUUAAUAAACAUGUCAAUAAGAAUAAACGUCAGAAAGCCCGAAGAUUGUACGCUCAUCUUGAUCAACACUAACUGAGUGCGAAGAGUAUCACACUGCUCUGUGCACUUUUUGCAAAUCUAAUUGUUCUUUGUAACAAAUCUAAAUUUGACAGCGGUACAACUGUUCUGUAAUGUACGAGCAUGUAAACAUAUGCCGUCACAGGCUUGUAAUCCACGUGCAAUCGUAUUCAUUUGUACGAUAUGCGAACGUGUAUAUUUGUAUAAGUAUUGUUGAAAUUAAGUAUUUUGUAUUUUA